CUGAACUGUUCCCAUAUUUUCCGAUAUCUUCCGCCUCCCGCACUCCAACCCGCAGAAAGUAGUUCAAGGAGCUGUCUGCCAGUAACAGAGGUAUAAUAAAACUAACCGCAGAGGGACGGAUGCGGUCUGAGACGAGCAGAGGCAGGCGGAGCGGGUGACGGAAAGACUGCUUCAAGUGACCGAAUUGCAACGGAGACGGGCUGCAUGCGUGAUUGGGAAACAUCGCCUCUGGGAGCACUGGUUCCGCGGAUUAUAGAAGUGAAGACCGCACCACUGACCGGGACGGCCUUUGUUCAUUUCACUUAACGGAUUUUCUUUCUUUUUCUCUCAAAAACAUGAAUGUUUCGCCCACAGAACGGAGAAAAGAAAUGCGGCAGCUGGCUUUGGAGAUUGGCAUCCGAGUUCUGCUCUUCGGAGUUUUUGUGUUCACAGAGUUCCUAGAGCCCUUUGAGAGAGUUAUCCAACCGGAGGAGCUUUGGCUCUACAGGAAUCCUCUGGUUGAGUCAGACCACAUUCCUAAAAGAGUUAUGUUUGCAAUUUCAUUCCUUACCCCACUGGCAGUGAUAUUCGUGGUGAAGAUAAUUCAGAGGACCGACAAGACAGAGAUCAAGGAGGCUUGUUUAGCUGUGUCCCUGGCACUUGCUUUGAAUGGAGUCUUCACAAAUACUAUCAAGCUGAUUGUUGGCAGACCAAGGCCAGACUACUUCCAGCGUUGUUUCCCAGACGGCCAAAUGAAUGCAAAGAUGCUGUGCACCGGGGAGCCAGAGUUGGUCUUGGAAGGACGUAAGAGCUUCCCCAGCAGCCAUUCCUCAUUUGCUUUUUCUGGACUUGGUUUCACCUCCUUCUACUUGGCGGGAAAGCUGCAGUGUUUCACAGAUGGUGGUCGUGGUCGCAGCUGGCGCCUUUGUGCCAUGGUUCUACCUCUUUACAGCGCCAUGAUGAUUGCACUGUCUAGAACGUGCGACUACAAACACCACUGGCAAGAUGCCUUUGUCGGAGGAGUGAUUGGGUUGCUGUUUGCUUACAUCAGUUACCGCCAGCACUACCCGCCCUUCCUCCACAUGGACUGCCACCUGCCUUACGCCAGCUUGGCUGCUGCCAGCAAAUCGCCCCCACCUCCCCAGGAUGACCCGCAGCCCAUUGACAACGCCACCACUCUGCCUAUGGAGGGCUUGACCGAAGGGCCAGUAUGACUAGUGGCCCCCAAGACAACCUCCUCCACUUCCACCAAGUCGCCAAGCCCAUCUACCCAUCCCUAGAGAAUGACUGGCUCUUAUAUACAUUCCAGUGGAUUAAAAACCACUUAAACCAUUUACAAACAUUAAAAAUUUGGUGACAUAUACAUUAUUUUUUUUUAUCUGGUGUUUGCUCAGCAGCCAUUUAAGUUUAUAUUUAGAUGUAAGGGAGGAAGUCAAGAUGUGGAACAUCUCCGCUGAGAAAGAAUAGAGAAAAAUAUACUGAAAACCUGGGGAUAUGUCGUGUUUAUGGCUGAGAGGCAUGAAAAAAAUAUUUCCACUUUCUGCAGAAACUUUUGUUUAAUGACAGGUGUGGUUUUAAUGUUUUAUGCUGGACAAGAUUCAUUUUUUGGUGUUGAAGGUUUGAUACAAACAGUAAGAUAUUCUGAAUUCCAAUUGAAUGUCACAGCAAACCAUAAAAUUCAAUGGUUACAGCAAACAGAUUAGUAUAACUAGAGUCAGAAAUGAUGUGGCAGUAACAGGAACGCAGUGUUUUUGUCUUAAAUGCAAGGACUUUCAGCUGACCUGCUCUGCUUUUAAUCAUUUUUGGUUGCCAAUAGCAACAUAUUGACAAACAUAGAAAUGAUACAUCUUCGGGAGAGGCAGUGGUACAUGUCAAAAAAAGUUCAAUAUUCCAUUACGUCCCGUUUUUCAGGGCACACAUGACCUGCACAUCCCAGUUCUCCUCUAUCUCUCUCUGUCCAGAACGAAUCUUAUUUUUCAUACAAGCAGCAUUUAACACAUGUUCGCAGAGGUUGCACAGGGACAUGGACCCUCAAUGAGUGCAAUCGAUUAUGAGCAAGUGGGAGUGGGCAGGCGGAAGCGUGUCUCCAUAGGUAAAAACUCAAAUCUGAUCUUGCAUUAAUCCUCAUUAAGUGAGGUGAGCCUGGGCUGCUGAUGAGGAUAUUAGCUCGCUAACUCCCCGAGCUUUGCAAAUGGCUUUUAGCUUGCUGGAAAUCCCCGCCAUUCCCACCCUACAAAUAGACAAUCCAGCCUUAAGCACAAGCCGGAUGACAACCUGCAACUGUGAAUUUGAUGUAUUAUUCAUCCAUUAAACCUCCAUUAUUUGUUAACAUAUGGAAAGCUUGCUGAAAGAAGAUGACACCAAAGAUCUGAAGCUUUUCUUUCUGUAGGCUUUAUCAAUGGAGAUGGCAUCUAACAAGAUUACUCUCCCUCCCCAACUCUUCCAUAUUAUAUACAAACCAAUUUGUCGCCCAUUAUGGGCUGUUGGAAAUGAUGGAUCACUUUGUUGCCUUGGUUACUGGCUGCUUUUUGUCAUUGCCGUGACAUUGAUGGGAAGGUGCAAUCUUAUUUCACCUCUAACCCAGCUUUGGCAGGGUGGGACCAGAACACAUCACAGUGAACCAUGUGAUGUUUGUUUAUAGGGCAUAUAUCAUUAUGUUUUUUCUUUCCACAGUCGUUGCUCUAAUACUUUACGAUAGGUAUAUUUACUUCUGUUGUUGAAAAGUGAAGGCACCUCAGCCAUUACUGGCAUAAUAUUGUAGGAAUUUGGAUAAAAUGUUGACAUUGGCGAACUAAAACUGCAUCUGAAAACACUUUUAAUUGCACAUUACAGAUAUAUCUGUGUUGCUAUUUACACAACACAGAUUUAUUUCAGUAUAUUGGAAUAUCCUCAAAAAUUUACUUCUUUUUGGAAGUUGGUUUAAAAACUCAUAUAUAGGUUUGUUAUAAAUAGAGUAAUAUUUUUCAAAUGUUAAUUUCUGUUCAUUUCGACCAAGUUAUGAUGACUGUUUUGUAUAAAUGUUAUGCUGUGGCCAUAUAUUAUUUUCACAAUUAUAAAUAUGAUUCUCACAAUCAUAGGGAUGACUGCUAAUUUGUCAUUUGUCCAGCAGACAGUGACACCCUCCAAGGAAAUUAAGCCACUGGUAAACUGCUAAACAUGGAAAGUCAAGUGGAAGAAAAAAGUGCUGUAGGAGAUGGCGCACAAGCAUUAGGGGGAACCAAAACCUUGAGAUGAUUUCGAAAUUAAACACAUUCCAAAGUCGGGGGGAGAUUCACAAGGCAUGAAGUGCAGGGGAGCUUUAAGAGCAAUCACACACAGACAAAUCCAAGACAUGAGAUGUUUGAGGUCCAGUGUCAAGUUUCCACAGUCAAAGUUGAUUUGGAGAGCCAUGUCAUCUUCUGGUAUUGGUCCACUGAUCUUUAUCAAGUCAGUGGCCCAAUAACAGUCUGCAUGGACAUUUCAGAGCACAUCAUGCUUCCUUUGCUGCUAAGCUUUAUGGAGGUGAUGAUUACCUUUUCUAGCAGGAUUUGGCCACGGUCAAAACUGCUAAAACUUCUAAUAAAUGCUUCACUGACUGCAGCAUCUCUUGUUUGGUCAGCAAUCUGGCCUGACCUUUCUCCAUAGAAAAUCUAUGGAGCAUUGUCAAGGGGAAGAUGAGCAAGAUUAGAGCCAACUGUGCAGGGGACCUGAAAGCUGACAUUAAAGCCACCUGGGCAUCCAUUAAACCUCAGCAGAACCACUGGCUGGUUGCCUCUAUGCCAUGCUGCAUUGAUGCAGUAAUUCAUGUAAAAGGAUUUCUGUUUUAAAAAUCUUUUUUAUUCAUUUUUAAUCCAAUACCUUAAUUUAAAAAAAAACCUUCAUGAUAUGUUUACAUUAGCUGUAGGCUAUAAUCAUCAGACUUAACAGAAAUAAAUGCAAAAUAAUCUAUAUAUGAGAUUCAUUUGCAUAUAUGACCUUUUCAAUGAUAUUGUAAUUCAAUGAUAUGCACCUAUUUUGCUGCAUGCUGAAAAAGCACUGCAGUGACAUACUACAUCUACAUGCAGACAUUUAUGUGCAGGUAUAAUCAAAUAUUAUUGUUUUUCCAUCGUUUUAGCAGUUAAAGCUUGUGGCUUCAGUUGUUAUAAACUCUUUACAGUUUUUAAACUGAUAAGGAGAGGUACACAUAGUGAUAAUGGAUUAAAAAUAAAUACAAUUUAAAUAUUUCUUAAGGAGAAUGACAUUUAAGUGAGAAAGUCAAAACCUAGGAUGCUUGUUCCAGAGUCGAGGUGCAACAGUGUGGAAGCAAUGAUCCCCCAGGUUCUAUGUCUGCUCCUUGGGAGUUUGGUUUGAGCACCUGAGCCUCUAGUUGGGGUAUGUGACUUCAACAAUUCAGUAAUAUAGGAGGAGUUUGACUAUGCAAGUCCCCGAAAGUAAAAGGUGCAAAGACUUUAAUACAGGAGCACUGUGACCUCUUGUCUUUGCUCCAGUUAAAAGUCUUUCUGUAGAGUUUUGGACCAACUGAAGGAGCUGCGUGAAGCUGACACCCCACUGACUUGAAAAAUUCCGGCAAAUAGACAGAAUGGUUAGUGCUUCGUUUGUGCAGGUUUGUGCCGUUGAAAUGUUCGAAAAAAUCUAUAUCAAUAAAGUUGAGUGGUGGUUAAUUUCACCCAAAGAAAAAAAAUGCUGUGGGAGGGUGGACUGGAUCCGUAAAAUACUAAAAAAAGUUAUAAUGUCACUGUUUUUCAACGAAGAGAAAUAAAAGACUUACCGUAUGUCCUUUUCUGCGUUGACAACAUCUGACAACUUCACACUGACUGAAUUGGUGACCCUGAACCAAAACAGUAAUUACAGCCUGCAGCAGGUGAAAUGUAUUGUCUCCUAUUUAGGUGAAGUCAUGCUAUCGCCUGAAAGUAAAACAUAACACUGACCGGUGAGCAGCACAAAAUAAUUAAGGUAGAACUAGAUUUAGUUGAUAUAUUUGGAAAAAUAUCAAAAAUGAAAAAUUAUCAAUGAGUAUUUUGUUAUCCAAAGUUACACAUAUAACCCUUGAGUGACAUUCUGGUUCACACACCAUACCAGUCGGUGACGGUAAUGCACCAAUUACCUUGCCAACCAUCAAUAAACUAAAUCAAAAAAGAAGAAGAAAACAGCACAAACGAAAAUUUCAACGGCACAAACCUGCACAAACGAAGCACUAAAAAAUGAGCCCACUCCGGUUCAAUUCGGAGUAAAAUGGAGGGAUGGUGACGUCAU